UGUCCACUUCGCUCUUGUGCGGCAAAAGUGAAAUAUCUAUCCUUUGAAUGCCGCCGCCUCCCACUCCGGUGGCGCCAAACCCCGCCGCCGUCAUCCAUGCCGCGCUCUUGAAAUGCUCCCCUUCCGGCCUCCCUCCCCGCCUCUCCUUCAACUCCCUCCUCGCCGCCGCGGCCUCCUCCUCGCACCCCCGCCUCCGCUCCCUCGUCCUCCCUGCCCUCGCGCUCGCGCACCGCUGCGGCCCACUCGACUCCUACGCCCUCUGCUCCGCGCUCCGCAACGCCUCCGCCGCCGACGCGGCCCCCCUCCACGCGCUCGCCGCGAGGUCCGGGUGGCUCGGCAGCGUCUUCGUGUCCUGCGCGCUCGCGGCGUCCUACGGCGCGUCGGGUCACUUCUCCGACGCCCGCAGGCUGUUCGACGAGAGCCCCGUCAGGAACGGCGUCUUCGGGAACGCCGUCCUCGCCGGCUACGUGGGGGCGGGGAAGUGGAUCGCGGCGCUGGAGUUCGCCAGGAGGUUUCUGGAGUUUGGGCUGCCGGCCGAUGGGUACACGAUGACGGCCGUGGCGAGGGCUUGCGGAGAGACGGCGAACGCUGAUUUGGGCGGCGAGGUGCACGGGCAUGCGAUUAGGAGGGUGACAGGCGUGGAGUCUGACGUGUUCCUGACCGGCGCGCUCGUGGACAUGUACGCCAAAUGCGGGCUUGUCGGGCGUGCAGAGCAGGUGUUCAGGUUGGCGCUGCGGGCGAAUGCUGGUGGAGACGAUGUGGUGUUGUGGACGGCGAUGCUGAACGCCUAUGGGCGGCAUGGGCAAUGCAAGGAGGUUAUCCGGACGUAUGACCAGAUGGUGGCCUUUGGGGUCUGGCCCGACGAGCUGGCUAUCCUGGCCGUGCUCUCAGCUUGCCAGCAUGCUGGGGAGGUUGCCAAGGGGCUCAACUAUUUCGAGUCUAUGCGUGCAGAUUACGGGUUGGUGCCUACACCAGAGCACUAUGGUUGUGUGGUCAACAUGCUAUGCCGGGCAGGAGAAGUAGCCAAGGCAUGGGAGAUUGCUACUAGGGAGGGAUGUGGAUGUGAUAUUGGCGUGUCUACAUGGGGCGCUCUGCUCAGUGCGUGCCGUAGUUGCGGCAAUGUUGAGUAUGGGAGAAUGGCAGCUCAGAGGGCAAUUGAACUGGAGCCUGGGAAUGUCGGGAUUUACGUCGAGUUGUCAAAUCUGUAUGCGAGUGCUGGCUUGUGGGAGGAGAUUAACGAGCUAAGGGAGGUGAUGAACGAAAGGGGUUUCGAAAAGCAUGCCGGGUCUACUUGGGUUGAUCAGAAUUUGUGAAAGGGCCUACAGAAAUUCAAAGAUCUUCAUAGGACCAUAUGAUUUGAUCGUUAUGAUUCAGGGGAAUCUGGUUUUAUUAUAAGCUGUCACCAGAUCUACAAGAAAACAAAAUAUCUGUUGCUGGGUCAAUAUUUGAGUGUAAUCCUGCUGACACACAAGAUCAUCAGACAGAAACCAAGAACACACUUCAGAAGGUAAGAGAAACUAGACCUUAACCCUCAUUGCGGAAACCCAACCAGGAGCCGAGUUGGUACAUUUUCCCUCAAAUGAUUCCUGCAGCUCAACUGCUCAAGAACCGGACCAACUCUAACUUCACAGCCAGGGCAGGAAUCAAAUGGAAAGGGCAGAAAGAGAACUUGUAAGAUAGAAAGGGGAAGAAAGGAAUGCAUUCCAAGCUUGCCUUCCAUUGGUUUUCUCUGACUAUAUAAACACUCAAGUUUCCUUACAUCUUCUAAGGAAAAUAACUCUCUCUGUUCUGUCUCUGUUCUUUCUCUUUUACCAAUAAUGGG